GAUAAUCCCCCAUCAUCAUCCGGGAAGUUAUGUUUGCAAAUCGAUAGGAUAAACAGCACACCUGCCAGCCUAAUCCUGUCGCCUUAUUUCAUUACCUUUUUCGAAACUUUCAUAUUUUCUGACUAAAAUCUAUUUCAUCGGGGCAGUAAAAGUAUGAUUAGAUCAGGGAAAGAAAGAAUCACUCGCCGUUACAUUUGUUGCGGAUUUGUAUUAAGCAUUCUCGUCGUCGUCAAAGCAUCCUUUUCCACGCAGAAUCAUUUAAGAAGUCGAAGCGACGAUGAAACAUCUCCUAAUAAUGGCUAUGGGAAAAAAAAUCCAACGUCGCCCGAAACGAAUAAAAUCGAUAACUUAGCUUCUCGCAGGGGAGACCGUUUACUUGAAAAAGAUACACGCCGGAGAAAGACACACGAAGAACAUACUAAUGGAGACGAAAACCACCAUGCAGUAACAUCAAUAAAUACAACAACGAAAACCCACGAACCAGGACCACGCGAAACAGGACCAAAAUUCGGUGCACGGAGCUUCGACUAUUGGUACGAUGCGUACAAUAUAGAACAACACGAUUCAUACAACGUAAACCAACAAAAUGCAGAUCCAUAUGCUCAAACUAUCCCCGUGCCAUCCAGUUCAUAUUCAUUCUCUCCAACAACCUCCACGACCGCAGAUUUUACUCUUUCUUUGGUACCGAGCACCAGCGUCGACGAAUUAAAUCCAUCGACAGGAAGCCCAACUACUAGUGAUGCUUCACCUACCGAGACGCCAUCAAGUCGAUCAACUCUGGUCCCGUCAGCAAUCAUCCUCGGCACAGAAGAUCCUACAGUAGCGAAUAUUACUCCAGAACCAACGGUUGUCAACAGCAAUUCAAACGUUCUAAGCUAUCAGGAUCAGCGCGGUAUUUGUAGUGGUGCCGCAAAUGGCAUUGGAUGUGCAAGUGAGGAUCCCGAAGAACAAUUAUCGGGAAAUCCUAACGAGAUUGUCAAUUGCUUCAACGUAACAGAAUUUGGUGUCGAACUUCCUUUCAUGAUUGAUUCCGUGCGUUUUUGGAUCGGGAGUUCGUCACCACCACCACCCGACUUAGAGCUCAAUGUUUUUGCGGGAACGAAAGAGAAUGGACCUGACAGCAAUAUUCUUUUGUACUCUCAACAGCUGUUCGGAUACACAACUGGAAUAAAUACAAUUACCACUACCAUGGACGUAAUGAUUUUUCUAUCCAGUUUUUGUGUCGGUGUUACAUCAAGAUCUUCCGAUGCUGGUCUGAGAAUCCAAACUGAUGACCUGGGGAUAAUUGAUGAUGCUUCCUACCUUCGAUCUCCCGAGUGUGGGAUCGCCAACUUCACGUCACUCGGCGAUGUGGGCCUUACAAACGACUUCUGUAUUGAGGCCUUGGUUUCCUUUGGGGUAGAUUUGCGUCGAUAACAAGACAAUAUCUUUGGAUGUACGUCUUUUAUCAGGGGAUGGGGUUCAACGUUGUUAAAAGGGAGGGGCUAAGUUUUUAUGAGAUAAACGUAAACAUUCAUU